CUUCUCAACCAUGGAGUCAUGGAGUAUUAGUGACUGCUGUGAGACUCACAGAACAUGCAGUAGUAGUAGUAGUAAUAGUAGUAGUAGUAGUAGUAGUAGUAGUAGUAGUAGUAGUAGUAGUAAUAGUAGUAGUAGUAGUAGUAGUAGUAGUAGUAGUAGUAGUAGUAGUAGUAGUAGUAGUAGUAGUAGUAGUAGUAGUAGUAGUAGUAGUAGUAGUAGUAGUAGUAGUAGUAGUAGUAGUAGUAGUAGUAGUAGUAGUAGUAGUAGUAGUAGUAGUAGUAGUAGUAGUAGUAGUAGUAGUAGUAGUAGUAGUAGUAGUAGUAGGUUGUCUAACUAUGCAUUGAUAAUGCUAGAGACAACGUGCUUGUAUGUAUGCGAGAUUUAAAGCACUCCAAAGUAUGAUCGACUGUU